AUAUUUUAUAUAUCUUGGUCUUGUUCUUAUCUCUCUCUUCGACGAGAGAGUGCGAGAGAGAUUAGUGGAGAGAGAUCCCAAUUCAACAUCCUGUGUAAUUUUCUGCUCUCUUGAUUUCAAUUCACUGUGUGUUUUCUGUUAAUUAUCAAUCUCAUUGCCGUCUUUGAUGCUUAAAGUUUUGAUUUUUCGUGUUUUGCCGCGAUUUUUGUGAUUAAGAAUUAGGGUUUCGAGUCAAUUCGAGUUGAAAUCUCUAUCUGGGGUUUCAAGAUUUGAGUUUUUUGUCUGCUCUGUUUGUGUGUUUUGUGUUUGGGAUUGAUAUGAUGAUUAAAGGUGGGAUUUUUAUUUGGGGGUUGAAGAAUUGAGUUGUGUUUCUGCUCUAUUUUUUGUAUUUAGAUAGAGAUAUAGAUAUAAUUGUGUUGGGUAGGAUAUGAUAAUUAAACGGGGCAUGAAAUCAGUAAUGCCGAGUACGAAACGGUGUAGACUCAGUGGGUCAGACAUGGAGGAAGAUGAGGGUGUUGAAAAUUCGAAGAAAUUGAAGGUGAAUGGGUAUUACUCGAUGCAUCUUGCGGAGGAAUUUAAUACUGGUGUCAUUCCGUUGGAUGGAUAUAAGAGAAUUGAACGUGAAUUAGGGAAUAGUGAAGACGAUGAUGAUGUUGAGAUUGAGGAUGUUGCGGAUGAUGGUAGUGAGGAUAGUGAUCUGCAGUUGGAUUUGGAGGAUAUUAGAGAAGAUAUGACUAGUGAUUUAGUAGCUGCAGAGGCCUCAAAGCCAUUGGUGAGGACUUCACGAGGGCGAAUUCAGGUUCUCCCUUCUCGAUUUAAUGAUUCGGUUCUUGAUAAUUGGAAGAAAGAGAAAAAUAAAUUGACCGUUAAAGAGUUGGAUAUGGACCCUGAGUUUAAACCUAAAGGGAGGAGUAACAAUGCCAAGAGUGCAAAACUUAAUGCCAAAAAUAGAAAAGAUGAUAAAUUUGGUGAUGUGUGUCGGAAGGAAUUGUCGUUAGUGGAGGUGCGAGAAGAAGAGGAAAAGAGACCGAAAAGAUUUGGGAAGUAUUAUGUAGCAAAAAGUAAAAAUCAGGAUAAGGCAAGCAAUGAGUGUCGCAAAAAUUUGUCGUUAUUAAAGGGUGAGGGAAUUGGGAAGGAUGAUCUCGGUUCACACAGUUCACAUGUGACAACAGUGAAAGAGCAUUCGUUGGAUGUAAAGGAUUCUCCAUCACAAGAAGUUAGUGGUUGCAUGGUCAGUGAGAAGGUUGAGGAGAAAAGUGGGAUAGAUAAUUUUGUUCCUGGUGAUAUUGUCUGGGCUAUGUCUGGGAACAGUAAUCCUGCAUGGCCUGCUAUUGUCCUUGAUCCGUUGACGCAGGUUUCCCGUCAAGUUCUUAGCUUUCGUGUUGAUGACUCAACUUGUGUAAUGUUUUUUGGCUACUCUGGUAAUGGAACUCGGAGGGAUUAUGCUUGGAUAAAAAGUGGAUUGAUAUUUCCGUUUUUAGAACAUCUAGACAGGUUUCAGGGGCAGACUGAGUUGAAUGUCAGGAAGCCAGCUGAUCUACAAUCUGCCAUUCAAGAGGCCUUUAUGGCUGAACAUGGGUUUACUGAUAUGCUGAUGGUGGAAAUAUAUGCAGCAGCUGGAAAUUUGGAAAAUUUCGAGGCUUUAUCUUUAAUGAUAGGCAAUAAAGAUCUCACGUGUUCAGAUCAAGAUCAUAAGUGUAACACCCAAAAUCAGGCAACUUUUCAUAGGAAAGAAAUUAGGCACUGUGAUGACUGCGGCUCAAUUAUCUCUCGUAGCAUCUCAACAAAAAAGGUUGACUCGGCUACUGGAAGCCGUCUGUUAUGUGAUACCUGUACUCGGUUAACAAAAUGUUGUGGUGUAUGCAAAAAAAAUUGGAACCAUUCAGACAUGGGAAGUUGGGUGCGUUGUGAUGGAUGCAAAGUUUGGGUGCAUGCAGAGUGUGACAACAUUCUCAGAAGUCAUUUGAAGGACAUGGGAGCCACCGAUUAUUACUGUCCUCGAUGCAAAGCAAAAAAUAAUUUUGAGUUAUCAGACUCGGAUAAUGCUAAACCAAAAAACAGAAAAAAUGGUCAAUCAACGAUGCCCGGCAAGGUUACUGUCAUCUGUUCAGGAGUGGAAGGCGUAUACUUUCCAAGCCUUCAUUCGAUUGUCUGUAAGUGUGGGUAUUGUGGGACAGAGAAGCAGGCAAUUGGCGAGUGGGAACGGCAUACGGGUUCGAAAACCAAAGACUGGAAAUCUAGUGUUAAAGUGAAAGGUUCCAUGUUAACACUGGAGCAAUGGAUGUUGCAGGUAGCAGAGCAUCAUCAGGGCAGUCUUAUUCCUGUUAAUUCUCUCCAGCGUCCCUCCCAGAAAACAAGGAAGCAAAAAUUAUUGGAUUUUCUGCAAGAAAGAUAUGAACCCGUGAGCGCAAAGUGGACAACAGAACGAUGUGCUGUAUGUCGAUGGGUUGAAGAUUGGGACUACAAUAAAAUUAUUAUAUGCAUCAGAUGUCAAAUAGCAGUCCAUCAAGAGUGUUAUGGGGCAAAACACGUUCGAGAUUUCACCUCAUGGGUCUGCCGAUCUUGUGAGACGCCUGAUAUUGAAAGAGAGUGCUGUCUUUGUCCUGUAAAGGGCGGUGCCUUAAAACCUACUGAUGUUGAGCCUUUGUGGGUUCAUGUUACUUGUGCUUGGUUUCAACCUGAAGUCUCUUUCGCUAGUGAUGAAAAAAUGGAACCAGCACUUGGGGUAUUGAGAAUUCCUUCCGACUCCUUUGUAAAGAUUUGUGUAAUCUGUAAGCAAACCCAUGGUUCCUGUACACAAUGUUGCAAGUGUUCUACUCACUACCAUGCUAUGUGUGCUUCAAGGGCUGGGUAUCGCAUGGAGCUGCAUACCUUGGAAAAAAACGGAAAGCAGAUUACGAAGAUGGUUUCAUAUUGUUCUAAUCACAGGGCUCCAAAUCCGGAUACGGUUUUGAUAAUACAAACUCCUGAUGAGGUUUUCUUGGCUAAAAGUCUACUCCAAAAUAGAAGGCGAAAUGGUUCGAGGCUGAUUUCUCAUGGAUUGAAGCUUCAAGAAUCACCUUCAAUUGAGCUUGGUGAGGUUGAACCAUUCUCUGCUGCUAGAACACGUGUUUUCUCAAGGUUAAACAAGAAAGUAAGAGAAGAACCAAUUUCACACCGAGUUGCUGGAUUCACACAUCACUCCUUGGUUUCGAUAGAGAAAUUGAACAAUGCUAGAAAUAAAGUGGAGCCUGAAAAUCAUCCAACUUUCAGAGAACGGCUACGCCAUUUGCAGAAAACCGAACACCAUCGUGUUUGCUUUGGUAGAUCUGGCAUACACGGAUGGGGCCUCUUUGCACGUCAUGACAUAGCAGAAGGAGAAAUGGUUCUAGAAUAUCGUGGCGAACAUGUUAGAGGUAGUGUUGCUGAUCUAAGGGAGGCACGCUACCGUAUUGAAGGCAAAGACUGCUAUCUGUUCAAGAUCAGUGAAGAAGUCGUGGUUGAUGCUACUGAUAAAGGAAACAUUGCACGAUUGAUAAACCAUUCUUGUUCCCCAAACUGCUAUGCAAGAAUAAUGAGUGUUGGAGCUGACGAGAACCGUAUUGUACUGAUUGCCAAGACAGCUGUGUCUGCUGCUGAUGAAUUAACGUACGAUUACUUGUUUGAUCCUGACGAGGGUGAAGAACUCAAAGUUCCCUGCUUGUGUAAAUCUUCAAACUGUCGCAAGUUCAUGAACUGACAGCAGAGUAGUAUAGCCAUUGUUUAUCAGAAAAGCAUUUUUGCUUUUUAGGUCUCUUUGUAACAUAACCUAGCUGUUCGUUUACAGGCUAAUUUAGGAAUAUUGAGGAUAUAUGACAAAACAGUUUAAUCGACGAUUAUAUACAUAUACAUACAUAGGAAACAUUAAUCAUA